UGUAGCGUGGUUUGAAGCGUGUUGUGAAUAAAGAUGUCAACCAAAGAUUUAGCGUUAACAGUUGAGCAGAUAAGUACUGAUCCGAUUACUAAAUUAGCUGAUCAGUACUGGGCCCCGCACAGUGCUUCGACAUGGUCAGAGUACGACUCGAACGUAGUAGAUGAUAUUUAUAUACAAGAAAUAUUAGGAUCUGGCUAUGCCAUAAAAAGGAUCAUGCUCUUAGAGUUCAGCCAGUAUUUAGAAAAUUAUCUGUGGCCAAAUUACAAUCCAGAGAAAGCAUCACACCUUCACAUGAUGUCUAUAGUUAUUAUGGUAAAUGAGAAAUUUCGAGAGAGGGUCCCGGCUUGGUCUACCUUUCAGAAGAAGCCGGAGCAUUUUCCUGCAUUUUUCAGACAAGUAAUGGAGCGAGCAUUAAGUGACGACACCGAAGUGUCUUUAAAAGAGAGGAUGAUCUUGGUUAUAUUUCUUAUUCAUUGCUUCAACAGCGUUGAAGUUAACCUCAUCAGAGAACAGAUACAGCGGCUGGUGUCCCUCUCCAUGUGGAUAUGUUUACUUCCCGAGAGGAGAGAGCAUGAGUUCAGAUCUUUUCCGAAAUUUAAAAAAUUCUGGACUGUCAUCAAGAAGAACGAUUCGAAAUUGGACGAAGCCGCUCUCGAAAAAGUCAAUUUCGAAAGAAGAUUUCUUUCGAAUUUGAUUAAAAACUUCUGCGGUUAUUUAGAUUCUAUACCAAGCAAAGAGGAAGUUCCGACACUGGGAAAAGAUGUUUGGGAAAAAAUUCAUUAUUGCGAAAGAUUUCUGGAACUGAUGAUUGAUCUCGAAGCUCUUUUGCCGACUCGUCGGUUCUUUAAUGUUCUUUUAGACGACAGUCAUCUGGUGGUAAAAUGCAGAUUAUCUAAUAUCGUUAAAAGGGAGGAAGGACGACUUUUCAGCCAACUGUUGGAGAUGCUACAAUUUUAUACGCGAUUUGAAAUAAAUGAUCAUACUGGCGAAGCAUUAACAGAAAGAAAUACAUUGCAGAUUCAUUACGACAGGAUAACUGCACUUCAGAGAGCAGUUUUUAAAGAUUUUCCUGAAUUAAAACAAUUUGCACUAGCAAAUGUUGCUAGUAUUGACAGCCGGAGUGCUUUGAAAAAGCAUUUUUCACUUUUGGAUAAAAAAAGGGUGCAAGAAAUUGCUGCUUAUUUAAAAUUAUUGCCUUCACCACAGACAGAAAAUAAUUAUGAUGAAGAAUUCUUACACGAAGUAUUAAUAUCUAGACACGAAAGGAAGACUUCACAGUUGGAAGCUCUUAAUGAAAUGCCUUUAUAUCCAACUGAAACAAUUAUAUGGGACGAAAAUGUCGUUCCUUCAGAAUAUUUUUCUGGUGAAGGAUGCCUGGCACUACCAAAAUUAAAUCUUCAGUUUUUAACUUUGCACGAUUAUCUUUUGAGAAAUUUUCAUCUUUUUCGCUUAGAAUCAACAUACGAAAUUCGGCAAGAUAUUGAAGAUUCAGUUAGUAGAUUGAAACCUUGGAAAACUGAAGAAGGAGGUUUUAUGUUUGGUGGAUGGGCAAGAAUGGCUCAACCUAUUGUAAAUUUUGCAAUUAUUGAAGUUGGUAAACCUAACAUUGGAGAAAAACAACCAUCUAGAGUAAGAGCAGAUGUCACCGUAAAUUUAAAUGUUCGACAAGAAAUCAAAGAUGAAUGGGAAGCGUUGAGAAAGCAUGAUGUUUGUUUUUUAAUCACCGUUGUUCCACCAAAUCCUCCUGGUACACCUUAUAAUUACAAAGAGCCGUUUAUUCCCCAAGUUGGACUUACAUGCGUUCGGGGUUGUGAGAUCGAAGGUAUGUUGGAUAUAAAUGGUAGAGUGAUAGAGGAAGGACCAGAACCAAAACCAAAUCUUCCUGGUGAUACUAGAACAUUCAGAGUUUGGCUAGAUUGUAAUCAGUAUAGAUUGGAUAUGGACAAAAAUGUUCAAGGAAAAGAAGAUGUUUAUGAAACAUUUAACAUUAUUAUGAGAAGAAAACCGAAAGAAAAUAAUUUUAAAGCAGUUUUGCAGACAAUACGUGAUUUAAUGAAUACAGAAUGUGUCGUUCCAGAAUGGCUUCAUGACAUUAUUUUAGGAUAUGGAGAUCCUGAUGCUGCACAUUAUUCAAAUAUGGAUAAUUUAAUUCAGACUUUAGAUUUUAAUGAUACCUUUCUGGACAUGGAUCACUUAAGAGACUGUUUUCCAAAUCACCAAAUAGAUGUUAAGGUAAAUGAUCCAACUAAAUUAGUACCACCAUUUAAAAUAUCAUUUUGUGGUGCCGAUAAAAAGCAUAAAAGUGAUGAGGAGGAAACAACCAAAGAAGAAAAGCCAAAAAUUUGCAUUAUUCCUCAUAUCUUACCAAGCAGAGGCCCAUAUCCAUAUGAACAACCAAAGAAAAAUACAGUACGUUUCACACCAACUCAAGUAGAAGCUAUUCGUGCAGGUAUGCAGCCUGGUCUUACUAUGGUUGUUGGUCCUCCAGGUACAGGUAAAACAGAUGUGGCGGUACAAAUAAUUUCAAAUCUUUAUCACAACUUUCCAGAACAAAGGACCUUAAUUGUAACACAUUCUAAUCAAGCUUUGAAUCAGCUUUUUGAAAAAAUUAUGGCUUUGGAUGUGGAUGAAAGACAUUUACUUCGACUUGGACAUGGCGAAGAGGCUUUAGAAACAGAAAAAGAUUUCAGCAGAUAUGGGCGAGUAAAUUUUGUAUUAGCAAAACGUUUGGAUCUCUUAAACGAAGUAGAUAGGUUACAAAAGAGUUUGGGUGCACCAGGAGAUGUCGCUCAUACUUGCGAAACGGCAGGAUAUUUUUUCCUUUAUCACAUUCUCUCUCGCUGGGAAGAAUAUUUAAGUAAAGUGAAACCUAGACACGGUAAAAAGGUAUCGCUGCAAGAAGUUAGUGAAUUAUUUCCAUUUACGAAUUUUUUUGAAAAUGCACCUCAGCCACUUUUUACGGGAGAAUCUUACGAGAAAGAUUUUGGAAUUGCCGAAGGCUGUUUUCGGUAUAUUAAAAAAAUAUUUACGCAACUGGAAGAGUUUCGUGCAUUUGAAUUAUUAAGAAGUGGUCUCGACCGAUCUAGAUAUUUACUAGUAAAAGAAGCUAAAAUAAUCGCUAUGACUUGUACUCAUGCUGCAUUAAAACGACAAGAACUAGUAGAACUUGGUUUUAAAUACGAUAAUAUUUUAAUGGAAGAAUCUGCUCAGAUUCUCGAGAUCGAAACUUUCAUACCUUUGUUGUUACAAAAUCCUGAAAAUCAUUACAACCGUUUAAAACGAUGGAUAAUGAUCGGAGAUCAUCAUCAGUUACCUCCUGUUAUAAAAAACAUGGCUUUUCAGAAGUAUAGUAACAUGGAACAAUCUUUGUUUACGAGAUUUGUUCGUCUUGGUGUACCAACUGUAGAACUUGAUGCACAAGGAAGAUCACGCCCCAGUAUAUGCAAUCUUUAUAACUGGAGAUAUAACAAUCUUGGUAAUCUUCCACAUGUACUUAGUUGGACAGAAUAUAGAAUUGCAAAUGCAGGAUUCCAUUUUGAUUAUCAGUUAGUUAAUGUUGAAGAUUUCAAUGGGAUUGGUGAAUCUGAACCAAAUCCAUAUUUUUAUCAGAAUCUUGCAGAAGCAGAAUAUGUAGUUGCAGUCUUCAUGUAUAUGCGUCUUCUUGGUUAUCCAGCAGAUAAGAUAACUAUUCUUACAACUUACAAUGGACAGAAACAUUUAAUAAGAGACGUAAUCAAUCAGCGUGCAGCAAAUAAUUACUUAAUUGGAAGACCUCGUAGAAUAACCACAGUUGAUAAAUAUCAAGGUCAACAAAACGAUUACAUUCUGUUAUCCUUGGUGAGAACUAAAGCUGUCGGUCAUCUUCGCGACGUGAGGCGUUUGGUGGUAGCGAUGUCUCGAGCCAGACUGGGUUUGUAUAUUUUUGCCAGGGUUGCUCUGUUUCAGAAUUGUUUCGAAUUAACUCCAACAUUUAACUUGUUAAUGAAACGGCCUCUUGAAUUGCACCUUGCGCCUUAUGAAAAUUAUCCGACUGCCCGGAGUGACGAGUCCGUUCCUCUUGGAGAUCCGCUGGUUAUAAAAGACAUGCCGCAGAUGGUGAGAUUUAUUUAUGAGUUUUAUCAACAGAAAAUCGAACUAAUGACAGCUGAAAUUCGAGCACAGAAGAGUGCAUUAGGACAGACUAGCAUUGUUAAUGAAGUCUCAAAUAUGACAGAGGAAACACAAGAAAAAAUACAAGAGGAAACACAAGAAGAAAUGCAAGAGGAAACACAAGAAGAAAUGCAAGAGGAAACACAAGAAGAAAUGCAAGAGGAAACACAAGAAAAAAUGCAAGAGGAAACACACGAAAAAAUGCAAGAGGAAAAUCAGGAUGAAGAUUCAUCAUGAGCAAAAAUCAGUUAUGCAUUAUUACAUUGAUUUAAUUUGAUGUAAAUAUAUUUUUGUUUGUAAAUACUUUUUAUAUUUUAAAAUAAAGGAAUGCUCUGUAAUAGUUAAAUAUGUAGUAGUAAAGAUUAAAUAAAUUAAAUUACAUUUUCAGUUUCAUUUUUACUGAUGAAAAAAUUAUUAAAAAAGCAAUAUACUAAACACAGAGAGGAAAAUUCAUUAUUUUUUAAUGGAUUACAUAUGUAUUUUUUACAGGCUAGAUGGCCAAAACAGUAAUGACCAGCCUGCC